AAAGCUGCCGUCAUUUGCUAUUCUUCUUCUUCAAACUUCCUAUGCUAGUAUCGUUUUGCUUCUUCUUCAUCUUCUUUGGUUUUAAUCUUUCUCGUUUUUGCUUCAUCAUCCUGUGUUUGUUAUUCUAGUUUAUGUUUUUGUUAUUCUGAUUUAUGUUUUUUUUUUUAUUUUUCAUGCUCAUUAUAUAUUAUGUAUAUGAAUAAAAUACUGAAAAUUCUGGUGUGGCUAUAGCCACACUCUGCCUCUAUAUAGAUCCGUCCCUGCUUACUUCAGUAACUUAACUACCUAACACGCAAAAUUCCCACUCCACUCCUUGCCGGUUGCAACAUCUUUGAUUUUGGUCGACCACGGUAGGAACUUACUUGCAGAGAGACACACGUGGAUCGGACGGUCUGUAUUCACCUACUAAAGUAACUGAAUCCUCCUCAUCCUCGAUUAUCACAGAUUACAACUCGCAUCAACAAGCUGCUCAGUGCAAUAACAAUGGCUCCGACGCAUCAAGUCAAUAAGUCUCACAAGUCACGAUUCUCUUCUAAAUCUUCUCGCAAUAUUCACAAAACUUCUGUUAAAGAUAGACUUGCGAUCGUAAAAUCUGACCGUAAUGUCGGGAAAGGUGCUCGUGCCGCUCGACUCCAGAGAAAUAAAAUGAUUCGUGAACAAAAAAGGGCUACAGUUUUGAAACAAAGAAGAGAAUUGAGUGGAUCCAAAUGUCCUCCGCGCCUAAUUGUACUUUUUGCCCUUUGUGCCACUGUGGAUUUAGAAUCACUUGCAGACGAUCUUUUGUCAUUGUUAUCGAAACAAUCUUCUGCGGUGCUGUCAGGGACAGUUUCUUCUUCUGAAUAUAGGACCAGAGUAACGGUACUGAAAGCACCUCAUGGUGAUUUACUAUCCUGCAUGGAAAUGGCGAAGGUUGCUGAUCUACUGGUUUUUGUGGCCUCUACAAGGUCUUUGUGUGAAGAAACUGAUUCUUACUUCAUUGAUUCAUUUGGAAAUCAAUGCCUUUCUGUAUUUAGAUCUAUUGGUUUACCAAGCACUGCUGUCUUUGUUCGUGACCUGCCGACUGAGGUAAAACAAAGAAAUGAACUAAAGAAGAUUUGUACAUCUAGUCUUGCUUCUGAAUUUCCUGAGGACUGUAAAUUUUAUCCAGCUGAUACAAAGGAUGAUCUUCACAAGUUCCUGUCGCUCUUUAAAGAGCAAAGGCUUAAAACUCCUCAUUGGAGAACUCAACGAUCUUACCUCGUGGCAAACAAGGUUGACGCAGUAUAUGAUGGCAAUUCUGAUAAAUGCACCCUCGUUCUCAGCGGUUACCUCCGUGUUCGUAACCUCUCUGUGAAUCAACUGGUUCAUGUAUCAGGUGCAGGAGAUUUUCAACUGUGCAAAAUUGAGGUUCUUAAGGAUCCCUUUCCUUUGAAUUCAAAGAAAAACCAGGACUUAAUGGAUUCAGAUGAGAUGCAGGAUGUGGAGGUCAUUCGUACUCUAGUUCCAGAUGCUGACAACCAAGAAUCUUUAGUUGUUGAGAAUAAACCCGAUCUUCUUGCUGGAGAGCAGACAUGGCCAACAGAGGAAGAAAUAAAAAAGGCUGCUGAAGAUCGAAAGCAAAAAAAGAUAAGAAAGAGGAAGCUUCCUGCUGGCACUUCCGAAUACCAGGCUGCAUGGAUUACUAAUGAAUCUGAUGAAGAGGUGUCAGACAGUGACAAUGAAGAUGGUAUGGUGUUGGAUGAAGGAGAUGAGUCUCCAGGUCAAGAGGGAAAUGAGUAUUUAGAUCUUGAUGGUGAUGGAGCUUCACUAAGAUUAGGAGAUUCUGAGGAUGAAACUGACAAUGAAUCAAUGAUGGAAGUAGAUACUAGAGAGAAGAUCGAAGAUGAACUCAAGGAACUUAAAGAAGCACAUGCUGCAGAUGUGGAGUAUCCUGAUGAAGUGGAUACACCAUUGGAUGUUCCGGCUAGGGUGCGGUUUGCAAAAUAUAGGGGACUCAAGUCCUUCAGGAAUUCUUCAUGGGAUCCUAAAGAAUCUCUACCCCAAGAUUAUGCCAAAAUUUUUGCAUUUGACCAAAAGAAUGCCAAAUUUUUUGCAUAUGAUAAUUUUAAAAGAAUCCAAAAGCAUGUUCUUGCUAAAGCUUUAGAAUUGGAUGAAGAAGGCAGAGAGGACUGUAUUCCAGUUGGCUCAUAUGCUAGGCUGCAUAUCAAGGAUGUGCCCAGUGCAGCGGCUUCAAAAUUAUGUACACUUGCAAAGACAGCCCCGGUUACAGCAUGUGGCCUGUUGAAACAUGAGUCGAAACUAUCUGUCCUUCACUUCAGCGUGAAGAAGCACGAAACAUAUGAUGCACCCAUCAAAGCAAAGGAAGAGUUGAUAUUUCAUGUCGGGUUUCGACAAUUUGUUGGCAGACCAACUUUCUCUAGUGAGUUCAUAAACACAGACAAGAACAAGAUGGAGAGGUUUCUCCAUGCUGGACGUUUUUCAGUUGCUUCAAUUUAUGCACCAAUUUCAUUUCCUCCUCUUCCUACAAUAGUCCUAAAGAGAGUUGGAGAAGAUGCCACAGUGGCUGCAGUUGGCUCACUGAAAACUGUUGAUCCAGCUAGGAUAAUCCUUAAGCGUGUUAUAUUGACAGGCUACCCUCAAAAAGUAUCAAAACGUAAAGCUUCUGUAAGACACAUGUUCUAUAAUCCAGAGGAUGUUAAAUGGUUCAAGCCUGUAGAGAUAUAUACCAAACGUGGUCUUCGUGGCCGAAUUAAAGAACCUGUUGGUACACACGGAGCAACGAAGUGCCUUCUCAACGGGGUUCUUGAACAGUGUGAUACUGUAUGUUUGAAUUUAUACAAACGUGCAUACCCGAAGAGACCAACCCGUUAUUUUCCUUUACUAUAGAUAUUUGAUGGGAUGACAGUUGAAUUCUGUUAUUGAUCAAGGAAUUCAGUAGAAAGUCAAUGUUAUAUUGAUUAUUGAUUGGGAAUGAAGCUUUGUUUGGUUCAGAUUGACUUCCUUGAACGGAGGAUGCAGUUUUGUGGCCGUUUAUUUACUGAAAAAAUGGCCAGAAUACCUUGCUUGUUUGCACCUGAGAGAAGAUAAAUUAACAUAUAUCAUAUUUUUGUUUUAAAUUUAUUUUGAUAUUUUUGGUAUUUGCAAAUACUGUGUACUAGGUAUAAUUUAAAUCAGUAUGUACUAGGUAUUCGCAUUAUAAUUCAUUUAUAUCUUUAUCAUUAUGGGACGGGAUGAACUUCAUGUCAGUUAAAGCUACUUAUGCAUGUUUGCACAUUCUAUUGUAUUGUAGUUGUUGAUUGGUUUGGACUUUUAAUCAAUGGUUAUAAAAACAUCUGUAGGCAGCAGCAAACCUAUUCAACUUUGAAA